UUUAUAAUGCUGUUUUUAAUUUUUUCAAUUGACUGGCUUAGGCCAAUUUUGUUUAAUUGUUUUCCUAUUUAUCCACUUCUAAAUAAAAAUAGCUUAUCAUUGGAGGCCACUCUUUUUUAAUUUUCUUAAUUUUCGCCUCAUCCUUCAGGUUAAUACAUUGCUUUAUUUCUUUGUCAAUUAAAAAGUUUAAUUAAAAAGCAAAAAAUGCCGGAAGUACUUAAUAUCCCCAUAGUAGAGUCAACGACUUCUCGCUAUAAACCUAGUAAUCUAACACGAGUUGCCUCAAUUGUUGUUUGUUUUCUAUUUGCUGCGCUAAUAAGCACAUUAACUGUCAGAUACUUUUCUUCUUCGGCACAAGUUCAAGAAGUAGUUGACCAGAGGCAGACACGAAUCCCUUCAAUUUCUGAGCGGAUGGAUGCACUUCACUCAAAGGUUGCUGAACUUGAGCGUACCGUAGACGUAAUUUCGAGAAAAAAUCAUCUUUCAUGGAACGAUCAACAAUCAAAAAAUUUGCCUUUUCCAAGAAGUGGAUUCAGAAACAUGGAAGCUUCUUCUGAGCCCAACCGUUUGCAACAACAGAAGCAAAUAUUCCAGCAGUUGCAAUCUCAAAUGUUGCCGCGCCCGCGCGCGCAUUUAUUAGCGCCUCAGGGACAAUUAGAACCACAAAAUUCUUUUGAAAAGCGAAUGGUAUCUUGGCAGCCUGUAAAAAGAGAAGACUCACUUCCAUGGACAGAAGAAAUUAAUGAACAAAAAAUUUACGAUGCAAUAGCUAGAGAGAGAGGCAAGUUUUUUAACUUUUGA